GAGUUUCUUUCGCCUUUAAUAAAAUUUAUGUUGAUUAGAGUAGAAUUUUUCCGUGUGUGUUCAGUGACGUAGUUUUCGCCAUUGUAUGCGCACAUGCACGCAUUCGCGAUCAACUUUGGUCAGAAACAGGCGUUGAGCAGAGGAGGAUAGAGCCCCGAUAAUCGACAGCGUGCUUUUAAUAAACAGUUUUUAAUUCACACGAAGAAACAUCAUGAAUGAAAUGGUGAAAAAGGGUGAUAUUUGCUUUGACGAGAAGUUUUCAAAGGAAGAGAUGGUCCAGCAGUCACUGAUGGAGACAGACACCUCAUCCUCUGGAGGAAGCAGUGAGACGGGGGAUGAAAAUGUGGGUCGCGGUAACUGGGUGGGCCGUCUGGACUUCCUGUUGUCUUGUAUUGGAUAUGCUGUGGGGCUUGGCAAUAUAUGGAGGUUUCCCUAUCUGUGUUAUCAAAGUGGAGGAGGUGCUUUUUUGAUCCCCUACGUGAUUUUCCUAGUAUUAUGUGGGAUGCCAUUAUUCUUCCUGGAGAUCAGUUAUGGACAGUUUGCAAGUCUAAGUCCUAUCAGUGUCUGGAAAAUGUCUCCACUUUUUAAAGGUGUGGGCUAUGGCAUGGUCAUAAUCUCUGGUAUUGUGUGUGUGUACUACAACAUCAUCAUAACAUGGACCAUCUACUUCUUGUAUCACUCCCUGCGGGCUGUACUACCCUGGAGUACCUGCAAUAAUGCUUGGAACACAGAAAAUUGUUAUGUUCGUGGGGAAAGUGUUUGGACCAAUUCUACAGUCAACACCACGAUGGGCUACAACACUACAGGUGUAAACAUGACAGGUCUUCUUCUGCCUUCGGGGAUUGCUAACGGAACAAGUAAUGGAACAUCAGAUCUGGCGGGCAGAAUCACGGCCAGUGAGGAGUUCUGGCAGAAUGAGGUUUUACAAAUCACUGAGGGGAUUGAGGAUUUGGGCACCAUUCGCUGGGAACUAUUAAUUUGUCUGGCCAUAGCAUGGAUUGUCAUCUUUCUCUGCUUGUGUAAAGGAGUUAAAUCCUCUGGAAGGGUUGUAUAUGUAACAGCUACCUUCCCCUAUCUGGUUCUGACUAUUCUGUUUAUCCGUGGUGUCACUCUACCUGGGGCAGGGGCAGGGAUUUACUUUUAUCUGGUGCCCGAGUGGGAAAAACUCCUGACAUUCAAGGUUUGGGGGGAUGCAGCAGUCCAGAUUUUCUACUCGGUGGGAAUGGCGUGGGGAGGUCUGAUCACCAUGGCCAGCUUCAACAAAUUCAACAACAACUGUUACCGUGACGCUAUGAUUGUCCCCCUGAUUAACUGUGGCACCAGUGUGUUUGCCGGGCUGGUCAUCUUCUCUGUGUUAGGAUUCAUGUCACACGAGACGGGCAUUGACAUCAAGAACGUCGUCACUCAGGGACCUGGUUUGGCGUUUGUGGCGUACCCUGAGGCAGUAGUCAAGCUCCCCAUCUCCCCCCUGUGGGCGGUUCUCUUUUUCCUGAUGCUGUUUGCUGUAGGACUAGAUACACAGUUUGGAAUGUUUGAGACCAUGACUAGUGCCUUCAUCGACGAAUUUCCACAUCUACUGAAAAACAGGAAGGUCUUGUUCACAGCAUUUUUCUGCUUCAUCGAAUUUUUGUUGGGAAUUCCAUGUGUAAUGCAGGGAGGAAUCUACGUGCUCCAGAUCAUGGAUUGGUACUGUGCUACAUUCUCUCUGAUGUUGCUCUCCUUGACUGAAUGUGUUGUUAUUGCUUGGAUUUAUGGUACUGACAGGUUUUACAAAGACAUCGAGCUUAUGAUUGGCUUUCAGCCAUGUUUGUGGUGGAAGAUUUGCUGGAAGUUCAUCACCCCAGUUACUAUUGCUUUUGUUUGGCUGUUCAGUGUUACCCAGCUAAGUCCUGUGACCUAUGGUAAAUAUGAGUAUCCAGAUGGUGCCAUUGUGAUUGGGUGGAUGCUGGGAUUGGUUUCUCUCAUGCCAAUCCCCAUUUGUGCAAUCCUGGCCAUUCUCAGGGAAAAGGGAAGCUUUUAUGAACGAAUUAAGAAGCUGGUCCAUCAUACAGAUGAUUGGGGUCCCGCUGUGGAGAAACACCGCGUCCGUUAUUUACAGUCGCUACAGAAUUCCCAAGAGUCACUGGAUUCUGUCAUGUGCCACUUGUACUAGUCACAUACUUACAACGGUCUCAACACAACGGUGAAGAGGAAAGAUCUCAAGAGAAUUAAACUGCCUGGGAUGUUUUGUUCCAAAUGUGUAUGUCAGUCUUUAAAUGUAGUUUUUUGUCUAGCUAAUUAAUGAAUGAAUGAACAGCCAUAGUUUAGACAAGUCAGAUAAGGUCUUGUUGCUGCAGUAAAUACACAAUGGAUCUUACAUGAAGAGGAAGUGAAUGGGGACCAAAUGAAAGUUGACUUUCCAGGUACUGAGGCUUGGGCUUCACUAGUCACCAGUUCUAUUGAUACUACACAACUGUAAUGCACUGUUGAAUUUUUCUGUAAAUUUAUUGUUUUGAUCAUGCUGACUUUUUAUAUAUAGAUAUAGCAAUAGACAAGCAAUAGUCUAUUAACUUUGUUGAUAAUAUGGCAAUAUAUGCCCGACCUGUUCAAAAUAAUUAAAAUUAUCAUAGAAUUCCUCAGAGCUGAUCUUGAUAAAUUUGAAUAAGAUAGUCUAUUGAUUUAGUUUGUGUAUUGUCUUUUCAGUCCAGAGUUUGAUUAUAAGUGGUUUAAAAUAUAGAUAUACUUUGAAUUUUUUCUUUGUUCAUAGAUAAGGAUCUUUUUACAAUGUUUUAUGAACUUGUACAGGUAUUUUAUCUUUGUAAUUGAGCCAAACAAUUUCAAAAAUUAUUUUGAAAUUAGAAAAAAAAAUUAGGUUAUGCCAUCAUAGUCAAAUACAGACACACAUGUCAAUGUGAUUAUUUGCACAUUUAGUUUUUGAUGUAUUUUUUUUAUUAUGUGUAUUGUUAUUUCAUUGUGUAAUGGGGGUGGGGUGGUAAUUAUCCUACACUGCCAACAGAUCUCUUCACACAUUUACAUUUGAUUAAAUUUAUGUGCAUUGUCUUAACUGCUAAUUUAAAAAUAUUUUGGAAUGACUGCUAAUGCUUUGAUCGGAUAAAUGUUGUCAGUAAAGAAGAAAAAAAAAAUUAAGAACAGUGACAUUUUAUGUUAAACAUUUGACAUGAGCCCAGAUAAGAGAAAUUGUUAUUCAUAUUGAAUAUUGCAUACCUGUAAGAGUUUAUACAUGUAUUAGUAUUAAGUUUUAACUCUUUUUGCAACGAGCUGAAGUUUAAAGACCAAACAAUUUUUAUAUUAUGAUUUGAGUUGUAUUUACAAUUUACUGAUAGACAUAUUUUUUUUAACUUUUGAAAAUAUUUGUUCAAAGUAGCUUGGAGUUGUACAUAUCAAAAUGAAGGAAUUUUAAAUUAGUUUAUAAUAAGCGAAUUUUUUAGAACUCUGUUCAAAAUAAUGUGCAUCAUUCUGUAAGCUUUCUUAUUUAAAUGAAAUUUGCUACAAUAAAUUUUGUCUGAAAUUUG